UCAUCUCCACAGCAUCACACACCCCACUUCUUUGAUCGAUCGAUCGAUCGAUCUGCGCCUCUUCUUCUCCAAGAUGUCGACGGCGGCUGCACCGUCAGCUUCGGCUCCGCGGCGAUCGACACGACGGUCACCAGCGACGCCGCGGCGGCCGACGAGUGGGUGCGCCGCGUCCGCGCCUCGGCCGCCACCACCCCGCGCGGCGGCGGGGGCCUCCUCGUCGGCCUCGACUGCGAGUGGAAGCCCUGCGACCACCUCUGGCCGGCGGUGGCGCCCACGGUGGCCAUCCUCCAGCUCUGCGCCGGCGACAGCUGCCUCAUCCUGCAGCUGCUCCACGUCGCCGGCGCCCGCCGGGUCCCGCCCCUCGUCGGGGACCUCCUCGCCGACCCGUCCGUCCGCCUCGUCGGCAUCGGCAUCGGCGAGAACGCCGCCAAGCUGGCCGACGGCUACGGCGUGCGGUGCGCGGCGCCGGUGGACCUGGAGGACGUCUGCGACCGCCGCCUCGGGCGCCUCCCCGGCGCGAGGAGGCUGGGGCUCAAGGGAUACGUGAGGGAGGUGCUGGGGCUGACCAUGGAGAAGCCCAUGGACGUGACCAGGAGCGACUGGGAGAGGCGCCACCUCGACGCCGCUCAGGUCCGCUACGCGUGCUCGGCGAGAGGGUCCUCACCAACUAGUCGCCAACGCGAUCGCCAUGCGUGCUUGCAGUGCACUUGGGUCGUCAUAUGAUAUGAUCAUAUCUAUCCUAAAUUAUAGUAUUGUUGCCGUGCUGUUGCAAUGAUCGAUCUAGCUACUAGCAAAAAGCUACGCAUAUAGUGUGGCAACGUUAUGUGCAAUCGGCAGCUAUCUUAGUUAUCUAUCGAAAUAUUAUUCGAUCUACUUAUCUGAUCUAUAUAUGGCUGCAUUAUUGAUUA